AUGAGCUCUGGUCAACAAAAUUCAAACUCAAGGACAAUUCUAGAAUCACACAUUGCAAAUACAACCUGCUCUUGUGGUCAGCCCAUAGUCCAACGCAUCUCGCACACAAAAGAAAAUCCAGAUCGGCCAUUUUAUACCUGCGCGACUGGUGGCUGCAAUUUCUGGACCUGGGCGGAUCAGUUUCGACUCUCUGCACCAGGAUUCAAGGCUGCUGAAGAUUCAUUCUCGUCCCCCAAAAAAGAAAUGUCCUCAACCACGAAGCGAAAGCGUACCUCUUCACCCCAGAUACCAGGAACGGCGCUCCUAGCAUCUACUUCGAAUAAACGUCGGGACUAUUGGUCGACAAAGGCCGAACCCGACGAACCUGAUCAGGAUCCCGAUUCCGGAGAAGAGAAGAUGGACGCGUCUCCCGUAAAGAGUGUUCACUUUCCUCCAGUCAAACGCCAAGCACCAGGCCAAUAUAACUUGAUGGGCGCAAAUAAUGAGCACCCUGAGCCUUACUCGACGAUCAAGAACGACCCAGAUAAUCCGUUUUUGGUUGACUCCACUCCAGGGCGAGCUAAUGCAAGGCUGGACAGCGUACACCGAACACCUGGAGGAUCUAUCAUUGAGAGGUCCAAAGUGGGCGAAAUAUUCGAUGAAAUGCUCGAAGUACAAAUCAGACUCAAAGGAGCCAUCGAAACGGCAGAAAGAAAAGCUUUUGCAGAUAAGCGUGCGCUAAGUUACAAAAUCGAAACCAUCAGAAAACUCGAAGCAGAAGUCCAAGACUUGCGGAAGCAGAAUGAGGCACUCAAGAGGGAGAAUGAUGAACUCCGACAACGCUGCUUUUGA